AUGUAUAGAGUAGAAGUAUUACAUUACCUCAACCCUCAUUUGAUAUGGGUUGAAGUGUUGGAUCCCUCGGAUGCAACAGAUCAGAAGAUGUUCGAACUAGUCGGGUUAUAUGGCUUACUGCCAUUAGAAAGAACUUUAGAUAUUGAAUUGAAUUGGAUACCGGCAGUUACAAAAAUACUAAAAGACAUCUUCAAAGACAGUACUGAAGUCUGGUUUUCACUUUCUUAUAUAGAUAGAAGUACAUCAAUAUUUGAUGAUAACAUCCAUAAAUAUGGAGAAUUAUUGAUAAAACAUAAAGGUAGUGAAUUGAUAAAGUUAUCCAAAUUCCUAAUCAAAAAAAACCUUGCCUAUUUUGAUGUGAAAGAUUUCCAUCAAAAGUUAAGUUUUGGUAAUUUAAACACUAAACUUUCAUACAUCAAAACAAAGGAAGUUGUAAGGGAAAUUGAAAAAUGUUAUCCUAAAAAUAACCCAAAGCUAAAAUCAGAGAAACAGAACACAUUUAUAAAACAAACCUCAGUAUUUCAAUCAUUCCAAGAAUUUGAAUCAUCAUUAACAGUAAAUUAUGUUGGAGGGCAUAACAAUGAGAUGCUAAGUGAGAUUCUAGAACAGAAAGCUUGGGAUUUUGAGUUGUGUAAGGAAAUAGAUGAAGAAUCCGUUGGUUGUGGGUCUAGACGGAAAUCUUAUAAUGAAGAAAAUGCAUUCAAACAAAGGCAAGCAGCUCAUUGUUCUCAGAGUAGUAAUAAUUAUGAAAGAAUAUUUGAUGAUAUUAGAAACUUUUUAGCCACAAAUUCGAAAGUAAAAUGUAAUACAGAAAAUGAAGUUUCAGAACAGGAUUGUAAUCAGUCAGCUUCAAAUGCAUUCAUAAAUAAAAAGACACUCAAUCAGUCGAAACAAAGAAGCAAAAGUGAAUUAGACAAAAAGGAAGAUAUCCAAAAUGCCAGUAACACCAGCACAAACAUUGAAGAAACAUUAAAGACUGAGGAUGAAGCCACAUGUUCAUCAGCUACAAACAAGACACUACCUAGCGGGUAUAAAGAUAUCAAAGUAUCUUCAGACAAAAAGAUAAGCCAAACCAGUGAUGAAGAAAAUGCAGAUGAUGUCAGUGACAAUUCCUCACUAAAAGAAGAUGAAACGUCACAGAAAUCUUCAAACGUUUGCAAACCAUCGAAUAGUACGAAUACGAAGCAAGUGGCAUUUGGUCCCCCUGAACUUGACUCACGAAGCAAUUCAACUACAGAUAAUGAAGAAGAGAAACCUGAAGAAAUUCCAACUGAAGAGGUUUUAGUAAAAUACAACGUGAAUCCUUUUAAAAAUAUGGAGACCGAUGUACCUGCGUUUGUCGAUAACUUAGUGUCGCCAGUCUUGAUGGUACAUUACAAAAUCAAUAGGCACGUUCAACCUAUUCAAAAUUUACGUGACGUGUGCUUUAAUGAACAUAUACACGAAGUACUAAAAUAUAUGUCGAUUAAAAGCCCAAUGAUUAUACAAACGAUGUCUUGGCCCGUUAUUUUGAGAGGUUUCAGCUUAUUCAUGAUCAGUCCUCCAAACACUGGUAAGACUAUGGGCUAUUUGCCAGCGGUUUGUCGAUUAGUUAGCGGUUCGAUUAUAGAUGGCUCUGGUCCGAUAGCGAUUAUAGUCUGCGCUACCGCUAAUUUGGUUGAGAAUGUAGAAAAGAAUGCGAAAAUGUUUCUAGGGUUAGAGCAUAGGAUUUUCGCGUACUAUCCCGGUGUCGAUGAUUCUCAUGUCGAAACUUUUGUUAACAGUUGCGAUUUGUUGAUAGCUACCCCAUGUUAUCUAUCGAAAUUAUUCCAAAUGCCCCAUUUCACCGUCGAUUUAAGGCGGUUAUCCAUUUUUGUUAUGGACGAUUGUGAAAGAUUAUUUAGUAUAUAUGAAGACGAAAUUGAAACGUUCCAAAUAAAAAUAGAGGAAACCCUGAGCAGAAGAAAGGAGAAAGAAUCAAAAGUUCAGUACAUAUUAGCUUCGCCUGUUUGGUGCAAUAAUAUGGAUUCGUUAGCUCUGAAAGUCCCCCGUACGGUUAUUUGUAUCGGGGCUUUCCAAGAGUGUGUUAGAUAUUCGAAAGCGGAUGUAUCCGUUUGUUUCACCAAAAAUAAUACAUUUAAUUGCUUAAUUGAUUUUUUACAAAAAAUAGAUAGAUCGAAGAAGACUGUCAUAGUAAUCGACGAUGACAUUAACAUCUAUUUUGUAAAAUGUUGGGUAAAGAUCAACAACAAUCGGAAACAAAUGAUAUACACGGCUCAUAAGAAUAUGACUGUACAAGAUUUGCAGAAUUUAAGUGAUUCAUGGUCACAGUGUCCUAAAGGACCCAAUGAAUUGGGACCUAUUUUGAUUUGUUGCGAUCAAAGUUUGGCUCAUAUGGGUAUUACAGACGCGCAUAAUUUGGUUCAUUUCUCGUUACCGCGUCUCUAUUCGAUGUUCUGUAAGCGAUUCUCAGUUUUAAACGAUAACUAUCCAUCAAUAUUUAAAGAUAAUAAUGAUGUUGUCAAAAUAAAAAUCUUUGUUAACAAAAGCAAUGGGGAACAAUUGCCUAAAAUUAUAAACUUUAUAAAAAAAUUCACUGCCGUCCCAUAUGUCUUAGAUGGUGUUUGCAAAAAUAUUUUAAAAGAGAAUGAUGUAAUCAGAGCAAAAAAUUUGGUACCGUUAUGCGAUAGUUUCCUCAUGUUGGGAGAAUGCCCUGAGUUUUUCUAUUGUAACCUGCGACAUACUAUUAUAAAAGAUUAUGAUAUGCCACUAAAAUGGUUGCCAACAGAAGGUCUUAUUAUUUUCAAACUCUUAAAAUACAAUUCACCGACAUCAUAUUUUGGCAGGCUCGUGUAUAGCUAUUCAAGCGGAAAGUUCGUAAAAUAUCAGCGAAACUAUAGUGAGCUAAUUUGUAAAAUGCGCAUGCACUAUGACCAAGGGGUCAAUAGAAAACUUCUCGGUUAUCCCAAAGUAGGUGAUAUAUGCGCCGUACGUACCGAAGUAUUUAUAUACAAGAGAUGUCAGGUUGUCAAAAUACUAAGCGAAUAUGAAACAGGGAACCCAAAUGAAGUACUUAUAAAACUGAUUGAUUAUGAACUGUAUGGAGUUACCAGAGAUAUUAAUCUUUACCAUUUACCUGAAGUGUUUAAAGCGAUAGAGACCUACGUUGCUCCGAUAAAAUUGAUUAAUAUAAAGCCUAAAUAUAACGACACCACGUUUUCUGAUCUCGCUAAGAACCAUAUUCAGAAUAUCGUUUACAAUGAAAAUGAACGUGUCUACCUUAAAGGUCAUAUUGCCUUAACAAUUGGAAACUGUAUUUUCGUUGACACUUUAGAAGUAUGUGUAAAGAAUUCGGAUGAAGUUAUACAUAACAUUAGAUACGAGUUACUAAUGAAACAUCACGCAGUCCUUAAAAACUUUUUACCUGGUCUUAAAAAAAAAUGUAUAGCAAGUGGUCUUCCGGUAAGGAGGGAGAUAGAAUGUGACCGUCAUAUUAUU